AUGUCUCCCUCGCAAGCGCUUACGAGACGUGAUAGCGAGACGAGCUUGAUGCCCCCCCCUCCGCCGAAGCGCAUUAAACGUCCGGCCACCGUUCUCGACGAAGACGUUUACACCGACGCCCUAUCACAUAUUAUCGCCAGAGACUACUUUCCUGGUUUAUUAGAGUCCCAAGUGAAACAAGAAUAUCUCGAUGCGCUAGACUCGAAAGAUAAAGAAUGGAUCACAAAUUCACGAAAGAAGCUUAGAGAUUUGAGGGUGACUCCCGGACGUUCCCGGCCACCUCUUUUUAGCUCAGGAUGCAUGACACCGGGCCUCAGGGGUGUGGGAGUACCUGGCGAUACCCCAGCGGGCUGGGGUGGGGAGACACCUAUGACCACCGUUUCGGCGACUACAGCAGCCACGGAUACGCAAGAGGAAAUGGGGCCGGAUGUCUCGAAAAUGGGCCUUCUUGAGUUCCAAGCGAAAUAUACCAGUGAGGAUAACGAGUCCUUCAAUAAGCUGUUGGAUAAGCAAAACACCAAGCGCAGGGAGAAACAUGCUUGGUUGUGGAGUGGAAAUAAGAUCCCAACUGCAAGGCAGAUCGCGCAUCGCCAGCGAGAAACUAAGCGCAUUGAAGCUCAAGGUGGUAACCCAGAUCGGCAAAUCGCCAUAAAGACGAAUUUGGAUGCUCGACCUGCCAAACCAGAUGCGUGGAAAACCCAGGCGGAGAACUCGCUGAUGUUCCUUCCGUCAUCCGUCGAGGACUCGUAUGAAACCAUACAGCAAAAAGCCGAAGCUGCUUCCCGUGCUGGACCAAAGCGAGUCAUUUACCGAAAUACUAGACUGCCAGAAGAAAGUCCCUCAGAAGCUAGCAAAGCUCUACCGCCAUCUCCAUCAAUUUCGGCCAUCCAAGAUGCCAUCGCUGGCAGGCCUCGCCAGACAGAAACAGAAGCAGAAUAUACUGGCGGCGAAACACCUCGAGUGAAUGGGUACGCAUUCGUCGACGAGGAUGAGCCCGAGUCCCGAUCUGAAUUCGACGACCUCCGUAUCCUAGGCACCAGCGACACAACGCCUAACCCUUUCGAAAUCAAACAAAACCGCCGUCGGGAAGAUCUCCAUCACCGCAUGGUAGACCGCGUAGCCCGGACAAAGCGUGCUGAGAAGGCCGCCAAAACCACUAAGACGCCGCUCACAGAUACGCCGCGCUUCGCCAGCAGUCCCAGGCUGGACUUCGGGCUCCGCACCCCUGGUUCGGCAACACCCGGCUUGGGUGGUGUGAAUAAGGCGCUCACGCCGGCGGCGCAGAAGUUGCUGUCCAAAAUGGGUACACCUAGGCGGGAGAUGUCAACUUCAUCUUCUUCAUCGUCAGUGCUGAAGAAUAUGUGGACUCCAAGGUCGAGGAAACAGAAAUAA